AAGAACCAAUAGAUGAUCGACCGAAGUAAUGGAUGAGAGAAGGGGUGUCUGUCGUGUAAAUGAGGGAAUGAACGGAGCAUAGAGGUGUUUGGGUUGAACAAUUGUUACUUUAGCAGGGCAGGUGGACACCAGAAAGAGUCAGAGAAGGAAGUACAGAGAGACAUGGCUGGAAAUAGCAGCAAGGAUGGUAGAUGGUCUCUUCAAGGAAUGACUGCUCUCGUUACUGGCGGUAGCAGCGGAAUUGGGUUUGCAAUAGUGGAGGAAUUGGCAGGGCUUGGAGCAACUGUGCACACAUGCUCUUAUAAUGAAUCCCAGCUUAAUGAAUGCCUGCGCGAAUGGGAAAGAAAGGGUUUUCCAGUGACUGGCUCAGUCUGUGAUUUAAAAUUUCGAGCCCAAAGAGAAGAUCUAAUGGCCUCUGUUUCGUCUCUGUUCAAUGGAAAACUCAACAUCCUUAUAAACAACGCGGGGACAGUAUUAUCGAAACCAACAACAGAAUUCACAGCAGAUGAAUUCUCACAUAUCAUGAACACCAAUCUUGAAUCUGGUUUCCACUUGUCCCAACUUGCCUAUCCUCUUUUGAGAAAUUCAGGAGGUGGGAGCAUUGUUUUUAUCGCUUCGGUUGCUGGUGUUGUCUCAGUAAGCGUUGGUAGUCCAUAUGGACUAACCAAAGGAGCAUUGAUCCAACUUGCAAAGAAUUUGGCGUGCGAGUGGGCAAAAGACAAUAUCAGAAUCAAUGCUGUCGCUCCCUGGUUCAUCAUCACAGAGCUUACUAAAGCUUAUUUUGAAGACGAGAAGUUUAAUGAGGCUGUUAUCUCUCGAACUCCUAUGGGACGCACAGGGGAGCCAAAGGAGGUGGCUUCGUUAGCGGCAUUCUUAUGUAUGCCUGCAGCUUCAUACAUAACAGGACAGACUGUUUGCGUUGACGGAGGGAUGUCUGUGAAUGGCUUCUCAUUUCCAUAAAUAUAUCAUAUGCUUCAGUAAUCUUCAGCCUUUUUCCGUUCUCUUUGUUGUAAUAAACUGAUAAAUCGAGAUGUUUGUCCCUUCAAUCUUCCAGAAAUGGCUGAAACUUCAUUAUUA